AUGGGUUUCAUGGAAUUCUACCUGGAGAUUGACCCCGUCACCCUGAACCUGAUCAUCCUGGUCGCCAGCUAUGUCAUCCUGCUCCUGGUCUUCCUCAUCUCCUGCAUCCUGUACGACUGCCGGGGCAAAGACCCCACCAAGGAGUACGCCCCCGACAGCACACCGGCGCCGCCCAGCCAGUCGCCCAUACGCCUGGUGGUCAUGCAGAACUCGCCCACCUCGUCCCGCUACGAGCCCAACAACACGGCCGGCCACGGCGAGCUGCCGACGCCAGACCUGAGCCGGGAGAGAGGAGAGAGGGAGCGGGAAAGAGAGAGGGAGAAGAGGAGUACUCUGGUCUGA